CCUAGACGCAGAUUAGCGUUCUCAGACUAUUGGCUGUCAUCUAUCCAUGGCGGGUGGUUUCGUACAGUACCAUGAGCCCAGCAUCGUCCAAGUCCUGGUGCUCAUCUCCUUCUUCCUGUUCCUUUCGCUCGCAGAAUGGCUCUCAGCGAAGAUCAUCCGCGCCGGGAUCAUCGGGCACAUCGCGGUCGGAAUUAUAUACGGCAAGCCGCUGGCCGAUAUCCUCGAGCUUGAAUGGCAGGAGACGUUUAUCGCGCUGGGAUAUGUCGGGCUGAUCCUGAUUAUUUUUGAAGGCGGCCUCGGUGCUCGCAUUGACUUGCUGAAGCAGAACUUCGUGCUCAGCAUGGUCGGGGCAGCGACCGGCGUGCUUUUUCCGAUCGGGCUUUCGUAUCUUUUGUUAUAUUUAGGCUUUGGAUAUGGGCCUGUCGAGACGUUCAUCAUCGGCGCUGCUCUGUCGGCUACUUCGCUUGGAACUACGUUCGCCGUUAUAUCAUCCGCGUCGAAAACAGUAGACCUAGGCCAGACUCGCGUCGGGUCAGUUCUUGUCAGCGCAGCAGUCAUCGACGAUGUCGUCGGGCUCGUGAUGUCCAGCGUCAUAUCCGACCUGAGCAAACUGAAUAGCGGCGCCAGCGUCAAUCUCGGCUGGUUAAUCGGCCGCCCGAUCGUGGCAUCAAUUGGCAUGGCAAUCGUCACCCCAAUCGUGACAAAGUACCUCUUCGCGCCUGUCUUUCGGCGGUACAUCGAGAACCACUUCGCGCGGUACGAUCACAUCUCGAAUAUUGUCUUGAUGGCGCUCGUUCUGUGCGCAUUCAUAAGUAUCGCCGCCUUUACAGGGACAUCGGUGCUCUUCGGGGCUUUUCUCGCGGGUACGUUCCUGACAUACAUACCAAGCAAACACCCCGAAGGACCGUUCGUCGUGAUGAGUCGAGAAGAGGGCGAGAGGGAGGAGCAUAAAAGUCCGACCUUUGUACAUACCUUUGAGCGGUAUCUGUUUGAUGUGCAAAAGUAUCUCAUGGAGCCGCUGUUCUUUGCCAGUGUGGGCUUCGCCAUUCCGUUUGUGCAGCUGUGGACGGGCAAGAGGAUAUGGCGGGGGAUAGUGUUUACACUGUUGAUGGUAUUUGCCAAGUUCAUCGUUGGCAUCUGCAUACCUACCUGGCAUGCUCUAUCCGCAAAGUCCCGACGCCGCUCCCCCAACCAUCCAGCUCCUAGCACAGAUGAAACGGCAAGGGGAGAGACGCGAAACGAAAAGCAAUCAAACUCAGCCACCACAACCGUGUGGCUCUCCGGCCUCCUACUCGGAUCCGCGAUGGUCGCGCGUGGGGAAAUCGGACUCCUGAUCAUCGAAAUCGGGUACAACGAGACCUCGUACGUGAGCGAGGACGGCUUCAUCACGGGUGUCUGGGCGAUUCUUCUCAAUACCAUCAUUGGGCCGGUCGCCGUGGGAGUGCUGGUCAAGAUUUACGGGAAACGCAUUGGGAGAGGCCCAUGGGGAUUGCAGCUGCAGGCCGCGCAACAGACAGACCCUCAGUCUGCGGCUUAA